AUGGCAGACAUAAAAAAGAAGUGCAUUUUAGUUGGAGAUGGUGCUUGUGGUAAAACCUGUCUCUUCAUGGUCUUCAGCAAAGACGAGUUUCCAGAAAGCUACAGUAAUCCUUUGCUAGAAAAAUAUGUAACUGACUAUGAAGUUGAUGGAAAGCAGAUUGAGUUAACAGUACAGGAUACUCCGGGACAGGAAGACUACGACAGAUUGCGUUCAAUGUACUAUCCGGAUACAGACGUCGUACUUAUAUGCUUCUCUAUAAAUAGCCCUAGUACUUUAGAAAAUACUGCAGCAAAAUGGGCACCAGAAACCAAGAACUUCUGUCCCAAUGCUCCCAUUGUUCUGGUAGGCAUCAAGAAAGACACAAGAAACGACCCCAAUGAAAUAAAGCGACUCCAUGAAAUGAAACGGGAACCGGUCACAUCACAAGAGGGUCAGGCGAUGGCCAAAGAAAUCCAAGCUUUUGCUUACAUUGAGUGCUCGGCUAAAACGAAGGAGGGGGUGAAGGAGGUUUUUGAGACGGCCGCAAGGGCGGCUCUUCAAGUUGAGUUGGCAUUAUGGGAUACAUCAGGGAAAAGAGAAUACGACAGACUUCGCCUUCUCUCGUACCCCAACGCAGACGUCAUUCUUCUCUGUUACUCCAUCGACAACACUGAGAGUUUAGCAAAUAUCUCAGAAAAAUGGGUACCGGAAGUUAAACUCUAUUGUCCAAAUACCCCCAUGAUUUUAAUUGGAAACAAAAAAGACACCAGAAAUGUCGAACGCUCACAAAAAGAACAAGAACCAGUCAAGUUAGAAGAUGGAAAGGCGAUGGCCGAAAAAAUCAAUGCUCUCGCCUACACUGAGUGUUCGGCUAAAACGAAGGAGGGAGUAAGAGGACUGUUUGAAACAGCCAGUCGGGCGGCUCUACGAGGCAAGAAUACAACGAAGAAUGAGUGUCUAUUGCAGUGACAAUGUUAAGAAAGGAUAUUGUCUUUUUGUGCCAAAUAAAUUUGUCUUAAUUGUUGAAAAUCUGAUAUGAGAUUUGUGCUUGUCUAAAAAGAAACUUGAGGUGAAAUGGGACACCUGUCAAUAUUCAUGCAAAUAAAAGGA